CGGAAUGUGUACUGUACUGGUUCCACUUUCACCGCGAAUUGCCCAACACUCACACAAUUUUGACACUUCUGCUUCUUUACCUUUGAGUUUUUUUUUUAUUGUGACACUGAAAUAAUAGAUUUGUGCAUUAUUUAGUCAUAUUCGUUUCUAAGCCACUAUACAACUAGUUUAAUUAUUUAAUUUAACGGAAUGGCCGAAUUUCUGGACUCUGAGGCCGAGGAAUCGGAGGAGGAGGAGGAAUUGGAACUAAACGAAAGGAAAAAGCUGAAGAAGCUGAAAGCCGUUGUAUCUGACAGCAGUGAGGAGGAGGAAGAUGACGAAGAACGUCUACGUGAGGAGCUUAAAGAUUUAAUAGAUGACAGACCCAUUGAGGAGGAGGAUGGCAGCGGCGAUUCGGACACUGCCAGCGGCGGCGACGAUGAUGACGAAGGCGGCGGCAGUGGCAAGAAGCGAAAGAAACAUCAGGAUGAUGAUCUAGACGAUCGACUCGAGGACGAUGAUUAUGAUCUGAUCGAGGAGAAUCUGGGGGUCAAGGUUGAGCGACGUAAACGCUUCAAGCGUCUGAGACGCAUUCACGACAAUGAAAGCGAUGGCGAGGAGCAGCAUGUGGACGAGGGUUUGGCUCGUGAACAGAUUGCCGAGCAGUUGUUCGAUGAAAACGAUGAGAGCAUUGAGCAUCGCAGCGAGCGCAGCCCUCGGCACGGCGAGGCGGAUGCCUUCGACGAGGAGGAUUCUGAGUCAGAUGCUGAUGAUUUUAUUGUGGACGACAAUGGCCGUCCCAUUGCCGACAAAAAGAAGAAAAGGCGUCCCAUAUUCACAGAUGCAUCGCUGCAAGAGGGCCAGGAUAUAUUUGGUGUGGACUUUGACUAUGACGACUUCUCCAAAUACGAGGAGGAUGAGUACGAGGACGAUACCGAGGGCGAUGAGUACGACGAGGAUAUGGUCGGCGGCGAUGAUCAUCGGGUGAAAAAGAAGAAGGCCCUCAAAAAAAAGGUUGCCAAGAAGACAAUCUUCGACAUUUACGAACCGAGCGAGCUGAAGCGCGGCCACUUUACCGAUCUGGACAAUGAGAUACGAAAAACAGACAUACCCGAGCGCAUGCAGCUGCGACAGGUGCCCGUAACGCCCGUGCCCGAGGGUUCGCUCGAGCUGGACGACGAGGCCGAAUGGAUCUAUCAGUAUGCGUUCUGCAAGAGCACAGUCUCCGAGCAGCAGAAGGCCGACAGUCGGGAGAAGAUGCGCAAGCCGCCCACGACCGUGAAGAAGAUCAAGCAAACGCUCGAGUUCAUACGUAAUCAGCAGCUGGAGGUGCCGUUCAUUGCCUUCUAUCGGAAGGAGUAUGUCAAGCCCGAACUGAAUAUCGAUGAUCUGUGGAAGGUCUACUACUUUGAUGAGCGCUGGUGUCAGCUGAACGAGCGCAAGCGGAAGCUGAAGGCGCUCUUCGAGAAGAUGCGGCAGUUCCAGCUGGACACGCUCUGUGCGGAUCCGGAUAAGCCCAUACCCGACGAUGUGCGGCUCAUGCUGGACAGCGACUUUGAGCGGCUCAACGAUGUCCAGUCCAUGGAGGAGCUGAAGGAUGUGCACAUGUACUUUUUGCUCAACUACUCACACGAGCUGCCCAAAAUGCAGGCCGAACAGCGGCGGAAACUGCUGCAGGAGCGGCGUGAUGAUCGCGCCAGGCGAAAGGCAGCCGCCGCCGAGAAUGGCGACGAUUUGGACACUGUGCCCGUCGAAGUGGACGACGACGAUGAUCCGGAACUGUUGCUGCAGGACGAACAGCUGAAGCAGGCGCCCAACAGCAGUCCCUACGCGGUGUUCCGCAAGGCAGGGAUCUGCGGCUUUGCCAAACAUUUCGGCCUCACGCCCGAACAGUUCGCAGAAAACCUGCGCGACAAUUAUCAGCGAAACGAGGUCACCCAGGAGAGCCUGGGACCCUUGGAGCUGGCCAAGCAGUAUCUCUCGCCGCGGUUCAUGACCACCGAAGAGGUGAUGCAUGCCGCCAAGUAUGUGGUGGCCCGACAGCUAGCCCAAGAGCCACUGCUGCGCAAGACCAUGCGUGAGGUGUACUUUGACAGGGCGCGCAUCGACAUACGACCCACGAAGAACGGCAUGGUGCUGAUUGACGAGAACUCGCCGGUUUAUUCGAUGAAAUAUGUGGCCAAGAAGCCGGUGGGCGAUCUCUUUGGCGAUCAGUUCAUCAAGCUGCUGAUGGCCGAGGAGGAGAAACUGCUGGAGAUCACCUUCCUCGAGGAGUUCGAGGGCAAUGCCAAUGCCAAUGGCCCGCCCGGCGACUAUGUGGAGGAGGCCAAGGCCCUCUACAAUCUCGAUCAGUUCUCCAAGCAUGUCCUCGAGUGGAAUGCCCUGCGGGCGGAGUGCGUCCAGCUGGCCCUGCAGAAGUGGGUGAUCCCGGACCUCAUCAAAGAGCUGAGGGCCACCCUCCACGAGGAGGCGCAACAGUUUGUGCUGCGCUCCUGCACCGCCAAGCUGUACAAAUGGCUGAAGGUGGCCCCGUACAAGCCGGAGCUGCCACAGGACUACAAAUACGAUGACUGGAGCACACUGAGGGGCAUCCGAGUGCUGGGCCUGGCCUACGAUCCGGACCAUUCGGUGGCCGCCUUCUGUGCGGUGACCACCGUUGAGGGGGAUAUCUCCGAUUAUUUGCGUCUGCCGAACAUCCUCAAGCGCAAGAGCUCCCACAACGCGGAGGAGAAGGGCCAGAAGCUCGCGGAUCUCCGAAAGCUGUCCGAAUUCAUCAAAAUGAAGAAGCCCCACAUUGUGGUGAUCGGCGCGGAGUCGCGGGACGCCCAGAUGAUCCAGACGGACAUCAAGGAGAUACUGAAGGAGCUGGAGACCACCGAACAGUUUCCGCCCAUCGAGGUGGAGAUCAUCGACAACGAACUGGCCAAAAUCUACGCCAACUCGAAGAAGGGCGAAUCGGACUUCAAGGAGUACCCGCCACAGCUGAAGCAGGCCGUUUCGCUGGCCCGCAAAAUGCAGGAUCCACUGGUGGAGUACUCGCAGCUGUGCGAUGCCGACGACGAGAUCUUGUGCCUGCGCUAUCAUCCGCUGCAGGAGCGUGUGCCUCGCGACAUGCUGCUGGAGUAUCUCAGCCUGGAGUUUAUCAAUCGGACGAGCGAGGUGGGCCUGGACAUAAACAUGAUGGUCCAGAACUCGCGCACCGUCAAUCUGCUGCAGUACACCUGCGGCCUGGGGCCGCGCAAGGGCCAGGCGCUGCUGAAGCUCCUGAAGCAGAGCAACCAGCGGCUGGAGAAUCGCACCCAGCUGGUCACCGUGUGCCAUUUGGGCCCGAAGGUGUUUAUCAAUUGCAGCGGCUUCAUCAAGAUCGACACCAGCUCGCUGGGCGACAGCACCGAGGCGUAUGUGGAGGUGCUGGAUGGCUCGCGCGUCCAUCCGGAGACGUACGAGUGGGCCCGCAAGAUGGCCAUCGAUGCGAUGGAGUACGAUGAUGAGGAGACCAAUCCGGCGGGCGCACUCGAGGAGAUACUCGAGUCGCCGGAACGUCUCAAGGAUCUCGAUCUGGACGCGUUCGCCGUCGAGCUGGAGCGUCAGGGCUUCGGCAGCAAGAGCAUCACGCUGUAUGACAUCCGGAACGAAUUGAGUUGCCUGUACAAGGACUACCGCUCACCCUUCCAGAAGCCCAGCGCCGAGGAGCUCUUCGAUCUCCUCACCAAGGAGACGCCCGACUCCUUUUACGUGGGCAAAUGCGUGACGGCCAUGGUCACGGGCUUUACCUAUCGCCGGCCCCAGGGCGAGCAGCUGGACAAUGCCAAUCCCGUGCGUAAUGAGACCACGGGCAGCUGGCAGUGCCCCUUCUGCCACAAGGAUGACUUUCCCGAGCUCUCGGAGGUGUGGAAUCAUUUCGAUGCCAACUCCUGUCCCGGCCAGGCGUCGGGUGUGCGUGUGCGGCUGGACAACGGCCUGCCCGGCUUCAUACACAUCAAGAAUCUGUCCGACAAGCAGGUGCGCAAUCCCGAGGAGCGCGUCCGCGUCGCCCAGAUGAUCCACGUGCGGAUAAUCAAGAUCGACAUUGAUCGCUUCUCCGUCGACUGCUCCUCAAAGACAGCGGACCUCAAGGACGUCAACAACGAAUGGCGGCCGCGACGCGACGCCUUCUACGAUUUCGUGACCGAAGAGCUGGACAAUCGCAAGGUGACGGACGCCAAGGCCAAGGCACUCAAGCGGAAGACCUAUGCGCGACGUGUGAUUGCCCAUCCGUGUUUCUUCAACAAGUCGUAUGCGGAGGUCAUUGCCAUGCUGGCGGAGGCCGAUCAGGGCGAGGUGGCCAUGCGACCCAGCAGCAAGUCGGCGGCCCAUUUGACGGCCACAUGGAAGGUGGCCGACGACAUCUACCAGCACAUCGAUGUGCGGGAGGAGGGCAAGGAGAACGACUACAGUCUGGGGCGCAGCCUCUGGAUCGGCACCGAGGAGUUUGAAGAUCUCGACGAGAUUAUUGCCCGCUACAUCAAUCCCAUGGCUUGCGCGGCCCGUGAGCUCAUCCAAUACAAGUACUAUAAGAAUAAUGCAACGCCAGCGAACGGCAAUGAGCGGGAAUUCAUGGAGCAGCUGCUGCGCGACGAGAAGGCCAAGGAUCCGAAGAAGAUCCAUUACUUUUUCACCGCCUCGAAGACCAUACCGGGCAAAUUCCUGCUCUCGUAUCUGCCCAAGACAAAGGCGCGCACCGAGUAUGUGACGGUGAUGCCCGAGGGCUAUCGCUUUCGCGGCCAGGUCUUCGAUUCCGUCAACAGUCUGUUGCGCUGGUUCAAGGAGCACUGGCUGGAUCCCACCGCCUCGCCGGCAAUGAAUACUCCGAUGCAUGGCAUGCGACCGCCUUCGGCAAUUCUCAACUCUGGCGGAGGAGGAUCCUCGGCGGGGCCCUACAGCAUAACGGGGAGCAUUGCGGGCAGCGUUUCAGGGGGUACACCGCGCAGCGGCAUCAGCAGCGCGGACAUCCGUGGCAGUGGCGGUGGCGGCUCCAGUGCCUACUCCAUUUCGCAUUCCAUUGGUGGUGGAGGUGGUGGUGGCUACGGCUCCUCCGCCGCAGCGGCCGCUGCCCACUAUGGCAGCUCAGCGACGCCCUCGUUUGGCGGCGCCGCAGUCAACACCCCCUAUACGCCCAGCAGCCAGACGCCCUUCAUGACGCCGUACACGCCGCAUGCCUCACAGACGCCACGCUAUGGCCACAAUGUACCGAGCCCCAGUUCGCAGUCAUCGAGCAGCCAGCAGAUGCGGCAUCACCAUGGACACUACGGGAGUGGGAGUGGCGGAACCCCAAGGAACUAUUAUGAUAUGGGGGGUGCUGCUGCUGGAGGUGGCUACGGCAUUGGCCAACCGCCACAGCAGCAACAUCAGCAGCAACGUGCCAAAGAGAGCCUCGACUGGCAGCUGGCCAACGAUUCCUGGGCUCGACGAAGGCCCCCGCAACAACAGCAACAGCAGCAGCAGCAACCACAGCAGCAGCAGCAGCAGUCACAGCAAACGUCCAUGGGAAUGGGCAUGAAUAUGGGUUUGGGUAUGGGUAUGGGUCUAGGAAUAAACCUCGGUUACAGCGUCUCCGGCACGACGCCCACGAACGAGUACUCGACAGGCAACAGGAACGUUGCCGCUGGUGCUGGUGCUGGUGCCGGUGCCGGUGCCGCCAUAUCCUCGUCCAAAGCAGCAUCGGUGCGUAGCACGCCGCGCACAAAUACCUCGCCGCACUCCAUGAAUCUGGGCGACUCGACGCCGCUCUACGAUGAGAACUAAUGGGAUCCUAUGUGGCGGCUCCUAAAUGCCAAUACUACAUCAACAACAACUACUACACUCUGCAGUCAACACUCAAAAGGGCAUGGGGACGGACAUGGACCAACAGAACUGUUCCACUGUCUCCCCAUGGUUCCCGCAAAACUCUUAAACUAUUUGUAGAACUUAAACAAACGAUACACAGACACAUUAAUGGGCUUCAGUAAUCGUUUAUCUGAAAUGAACUAAGAUUAAUGCAAAUUUCGCGAUUCCUUUAAGUGCGAUCCGGGAAAUGAAAGGGAUUUCGAAGAAGAUGUUUAUGACGAUGGACGGAUAAAAAUAAAUGCAAAUUUUUUCUGACCAGAAAAUACAUACAACCCGAAUGUUGAGAAUUA